ACAAUAUUUGCCUCUAGAGAAAGUCCUGUAUUUCAAUAGAUGCACCAUAUUUUAUCACUUUUUUUUAACGUAUGUUACUUUCCAUUCCUUCAUACUUAGAUUGCCACUCAUAUGCAGUCUCCCAAUGAAAGCCAGCUCUGGUGCCUUGGCCCAUCCCUGUGGAGCCUGAUUACUGAACAUGUUCCUGGUCCAGAGCUGCCAAAGAUCCGUACAUCACUGGGCCACUCCCUGGUUGGCAUGUACACAGAGGUGCACUCUGAGGCGGAGAUGUGGCACAAGAUGUGGCAGGAAAGCCAGCGAGGAGGAAACCAUGGCAGCAGUGCAAUGACCUCACUCCCACGUCAACAGGCCACCCCUCUGGCUGACCCCCCUGCAGUCAAAGAGCUGCUGAGAGCUGAGGUCAAGAUGUUACUACAGACUCUUAGAGAGAGAGCCAGCAGGGGGGGAAGAGAUGGUGAGGAGCUCCUGUUUCGUUACAAACCUGAGACUGUGAACUAUGCCCUCGGUCACCUUGACAGCUGUUACAGUAACUGUACCAACCCUGGAGAUACUGAUUAUGGAAACAGACCAAGCUCUCGUUGCUCAGUCAAGUCCCACACUGAAGACGAAGUCGAGGCAGUAAGAGACAAGCUGAAUGUCACUGACAUUGACCAAGUGGUGGACCGCCUCAAGUCUGUCAUAAUUGAGGAAUCUGAAGGGCUGAACAGACUGGUAAAGCAUUUCAAGAAAAAUAUUAAACAAAAGUGCAGGACUCGAUGUGAAUUUGAUAAAUCAGAGCCUACACUUGCAGAGUUGAGAGAGCUAAGAGGAGCUAUACAAAUGGACUUGGAGCUUUACCCCUCUUCGUUUGCCGCUUCACCCCCAGCCUCGCCUCCUCUCCCUGUGAAGGAAUUGAAAAACAGGUUCAGACUGUCAGCAGGUCAAAAGGCUUCAGAUGAGACUCUGCAAGCUUCAAAUGCUACGUCAGUCCUAAGACCACAUCCACCUCCUCCUCUGUGCCGUCCUAAACCCAGGCCACCAGUUGGACCUUCUCUCACUAAGACCUCUGCAUUCGUCAAACCAGUUCAUUCUUCCUCACUGUCAAGGACUCUUGGUCAGCAUAGAAGAACAUUAGCCUCCAAUAAAUCAAGUGAAAUACCUUUCUGCAGCAAGAUCACCACUUCAGGGAAUGUGAGCAGCCACUUCACCACUGACCAGAUAAUGGUUAAGAGCGAAUACAUCUGCAGUCUUUCCCCAGAACAAGAUAGUGCUGGCCUCCACUGCAGGCCCCCAACAUCUAAUGCUAGUUUCCAAAAAAAAACUCAAAGAGACUCACCUGUCCAUGAAGCCCAUCUAUCAUCCCAUCGCAGUAUUAACAGCCUGAGCAGAGAAUAUGAUUUGUUACCACAGAGGGAGAGAGAAAGCAGCUCUGUCUGGAGGUCAGAAAACGUCAAUAUUACCCCUUCAACCAUUCCAACAACUGGGAAAUCAAAGACACAAAAUGGGCAAAAGAAAACUACAUGUGGAGGUGUUUCAGUGUUAGUAACAGUGCAGGCAGAUAAAGACAGAAGAAGGAGUACUUCUGAGAGUUUUCAUUCUUCAGUCAUGCCCGAAACUGGGAGUCAUCCUGCAAAAAAUGGUGACAGGAAGAGCAACAGUCAAAUUGAUAUAAAUAAAAAUGAUCAUCUUGGGAAGGAUGUCACCCAACAGCAAAGCCUUAGUAGCCACUGUUUGACAGAUCACUUCUCAAAUCAUUCAGGAAGUAGUAGUGGACAGGGACAAGCUAAUUGUAAUUCCCACAAAAGACCACUUCUGGGCACCACGAGUCAGCCAGAAAGUAUCCAAGAAGCAAAGACAGAGCAAGACUUUAUCAACAAUUUUUACCAGCCAGUACCUCCUGCAAGAGUGUCAACAUGAAGUCAGCCUCAGACCAAAUAAAAAGUGUUUGACAUUGUCUUUUAUAGAUAUAAAUUUGGGAGCAUGAUGAAUUGAUGUUGAGUUGCAUAGAUUUUUUCACUGUGUGGGGGGAAAAGAAAUGGAAUAAUUUCACAGCUGUGCCGGUUUUUCCAUUGAGUUUUUCCAUUGAGCAUUAAUUGAAAAACCUGAAUUCUGAAUUUCAAAUAGACAAGGCCAGUAAUUUGAGUGCAUAGAAUUGUGCAGUGUCUAAAUAUUUGAUUGAAAAAUGUGUUUUUAAGACAGGUAACGGUGCAAAAUACUGUUAACUUUUCACAGUAGACAUUUUGACAUGAUCUAGCCAAAAACCAUGUUCAACUAACUUUAUUUAUAUUCAGCUUUACUAGUUUCAGUACUCUGUUGCUGUCUGUUCAAAACCUCUGCUAUGAAAAAGAUCUACACCAGGACCUUGACUUAAAGCAGUUUUUAUUUACGCCUGUUCUAUUCCUACUAUGACAUGUCCAAAUGACUUCUGUAAACUGGGCCUAGUAGUGUCAAUACUUAAUCAGAGGCAAUGUUACUGAAAAUGUUGGCAUAUCAUGGAAAUAAUGCUAAAUCUUACCAGGGAUAUAAAUAUGUGAAAUUUGGUGCAAUAAAUUAAAAAUAUUAAUUAAUUCAAUUAAAUAAAUAAAGACCAUUGGGAUUGGGAGUUUUGCAUGACAGAGGAACGCCUUCAUUGCCUUGCACAGAGACUUCACCCUCUUUCUAGAUCAAGUCAUUAUUUUAUUUGGGGAUUAGUGAAUAGAAAUAAAAAUGGGUCUAGUGAAAACGCCUCAGACAACAGUCUGAAGAAGAUCAAAAAUGCUAAACUGCAACUGCUUCACAAUAAAGUUCUUUCAGCCGUUCAGGGCUUAUAAUCAGUUUUGUUGACACACCCCCUUUCAGAUGGUUUAUUACUGUGAAUUUUACGCAUAAUAUUCAUGUAUCCUGUUUUACACCAAAUUCAAAUUGGAAUCAAAACAACAAUCUGAUGCAGCAUUAACUAAGAAGACAGGCUUUUAUUUUGAAGUGGCUGUAGAAAGUAAUGACAGCAUUUUCGAUUAAAUAAAUAAAUAAAUAAUAGA